AUGAGCCCCCUCAACACAGUUCCAACUUCCCGCACAGACGUCCAUGAUGUGUGGGUCAUCAUCGCCGAGUUCCUCCGCGUUCCCAUCCCAGCCCCCCUAUCGCGCCCAUCACGGUCGGCGCUAAGGCAGCAUGAUCUUUCGGUCUUGUGCAGGGUCAGCAAGGUAAGAUUUCAGAGCCUCUAUAGCUCCUCGCAGCCUGAAACUGAGACUGAGCUGAGGUCUAAGCUGCACCAAGAAGCUGCCGCCCCCAUCCUGUACAGAGCCAUCUGUACCGAUCGCCUUCCUUCCCUCCUCCAACAUAUCAACCUCACCCUACCCUUCACGCCUCUUCACCAUACCACGAAGCUCUUUCUCGAGUACUGCGACAAAGAGGAGGACCCCACUUACCUCGAGCUCUGCGGUACCGGGCGGGAUCUCUGGGCCAGCUGGGGAUCGGUCAGCCCGGAGGAAAAGGAGGAGAGGCGGAUGAGGAGCUGUACGGGCGAGAUCCAGCGCCUGAUACCGGCCCUGAAUAGGCUGCAGAAGAUGGGAAUGGCCAAGGCGCUUCCGCAGCUCGGCACGGUGGCGGUAGCUGCUGCUUACGGAGUCACAGACAACUGGAACAACCUCCGUUUGGCCUCUGCCCGCGAAAUCUCUUCCUCCGCGGUGGACACCUGCGCAUCCCUAUUCCAACGUAUCCUCGCCGCCUCCACCAUCUCCCACCUCUGCAAUCGGGGCUUCAACGGUCCUCUCAGCACGCCCGCUCAAAUCGACCCGACUCACCGCGGACAACCGCUCUGCACCACGGGGCGUCCAUAUCUUCGGAAUUACCAUUUUGGCGCCUCGUUCCCGGGCCAGAUGCUCUACAAGGACAUGUGGGAAAGGCGAGACGAGGGCCGGUCGAUACCCCUACCUCCCACAAUCGCGAACGAGCCGGUGCACGAGGCCAUUCCCCUACCCGUCGGAGCUCCCGUGCGCUGGAGCUGCGAUCUUGGCCACCAGGUCAGCUUCCCGAGCGUUGUCACGAUUACGGAUAAAGUGGUUAGCAACCUCGCGCAGUCGCGGCAGCAGGAACCUACCGGACACGAUCGGGGCGAAGCGGUCGGCCUCGCCAUCUUCUGCUCGACUCCUCGCUGGAGGUCCAAAUAUCCCUCACACAAGCUCGACAACAAUCUCGCCACUCUGGCGGGCAUAUCUUCGACUCCGCCGCACCUUUGGCAGCAGAAUCUACACCUGUCGGCGGAGCAGCAGCGCAUCAUCGCUGAGGCGCAAGGCGAGAGGCCCCAAGAGGCUCUGAAGGCAAGCGGGGGCGGACAUGAUGUGGUCAAGUGGCUGCCGUAUGAGGACAUGCCGAUCUGCGAGGCGUGUGGGUCGGGGAGGGUCUGA